UGUUGUGCCCAUAUAUUGAACCUCAUUGUCAAAGAUGGUUUCAGUGAAAUGAGUAAGAGUGUAGCUGCAGUUCGUAAUGCUGUGGUGUAUGUGAGAGCUUCAGGUAAUAGGCUUGAAUCAUUUGAGCAUAAGCUAGAUUCAGGGAGAAUUACUAGAGGUAGUUUGACUUUGGAUGUCAGAACUAGAUGGAACUCUACAUUUCUCAUGUUGACUAGAGCUCUUAAGUUUAGACACGGGUUUGACAAGAUGGAAGCAGAAGACAAGCUUUACAGUGAUCAUUUUCUAGAAAUGGAUAAUGGUCAAAUGAGAGUUGGGCCUCCGUUGAAAGCUGAUUGGGAUAAGGUUGAUGGAUUGAUUGAUAUUCUCACAGUCUUCUACCAAUCUACAUUAGUUGUUUCAGCAUCUACGACGGUUUGCUCUCAUAAAGUCUAUAGUGAGAUUUGUGAUAUUGAUAAUCAUCUAACUACAGUGAGUAAGAGUGCUGAUCUGGAUUUAAGUGUUAAAGCUGAAGCAAUGAGAGGGAAAUUUGACAAGUACUGGGAUGGUUUAGAUAAUAUCAAUAGGCUUUUGAUUAUUGCUAGUGUCUUUGAUCCUAGGAAUAAGAUGAAGUUUGCUAAUCUGUGUUUUGAAACCCUAUAUGGUAAAGGGUCGUUGCAAUCUAAGUGGCUUGGUGAGUCAGUAUCUGAUGUUAUGGUUAAGUUGUUUGAGGAGUAUAAUACAAAUCGAUCUAACCCACCAGGUUUUGCAUCAUCAGCCUCUCAAGGUGGGACAACUGCUGGAGGACAUCGCCCUGCUUAUCAUGUUGCGGAUGUUGAAGUCAAAGUGGGGACUGAGGGGAUGGCUUCUGUUUACAACAAGUUGGUUAAUGAAGAGGGAUAUGAUGAAACAAAGACAGAGCUUGAUAUAUACUUAAAGGAAAGCGUUGAGAAUCCAAAGAGCAGUUUAUUAGGAACCGAAUAUGAUGUGUUGUCAUGGUGGAGGUUCAAUUCAACAAGGUUUCCAGUUUUAUCUGAACUAGCUAGAGAUAUUCUAGCUAUGCAAGUUUCUUCAGUUGCUUCGGAGUCUGCUUUUAGCACUAGUGGUCAGAUUCUUGUUCCACAAAGGAGUUGCUUAACUCAUUACAUGAUUGAGGUCUUGAUGUGCACUGAACAAUGGAUGAAGGCUGACCAUCACAUAGGUGAAAAGGGAGUGGAAAACUUUGCACAAAUGGUUGCUGAUAUUGAAGAGCAAGAUCAACUUGAAAAAGAGUUUCAGUUCGCAAGUGAAGAACAAGGCAAUUAAACAAACACACGACAAUGACUCAUGUACCUUUCUUAGUAUUCCUUCUUUUUAAGAACCGAGUAUAUUAUUAUGUAUUCUGACUUUGUGAUCUAAUAUAUUUCAGGCAGUAGGAGAAAAAAAGAAGUUGCAGAUGGAAGAACUACCAGUUUGAUUCUACUACUUUUCAAAUCUCAAACUCUAAACCUUAUUCUCCUUUAAUCUCUUUAACUCUUUCUACCUUUUGAAACUUGAUAUCUGAUAACAUGUUCUUAUUGUUGGGAUUGUUUUGAAUGAUUGUAACUUUUGAACUAUUGUACUUGUAGUUUCGGAUAAUUUUGGGUGUUAUUUAGUAGGUUUGUAUAUUUAAGAACCAAACCCAUUAAUAACCGAAAUUUUCGGUUCUGGUUCGGUUCUUAUAUCAACUAUCCAAACCAACCCGAACCGAAUGAGUACCGAACCGGAACCGAUCCGAUUAGAUUCGGUUCUCUUAUGGAUAGUAAAUUCAAUAUCCAAAAUACCCGAUACCCGAAUGGAUAUACCCGAACCCGAACCGAAUACCCGAACGCCCA